UCGUGCCCCGUCUUCCUCCAGUCCCAUACUCUGCUUCCAGGAGAUGUCCCAGUAGCAGCCACGCCACACACACCCCCCCGUGACCCGUCCACGUCAACCACUGCCAGUGUCACCUACUGCUUGUCCUCCCGGCCACCGCCUCCCUUCUUCCCCUACCACCGCUCCCAUAUCGCUGCUUUCCACCUGAUUCCACCGUCGUUCACCUCCCCUACCACCUGGACCACCCCGCCACUUUUGUCUGUACCGUCCUCCCACCCAGCGCAUACUCGGACACAACGCGUGAUCUUUUUAUUUCCAAAAGGAGUACGCCUCUGCUUGUUUCGCGUCACAAGGUGUAUCCCACCGUUGAGCGCGUCCUCGUCUGCAUUCUACCAUGGGUGGCGACCACAAGUGUCCUGUAAGUGCUCUCCCGUAUCUUAGUAAUUCCCAACCCUGGCAUCCUUGGGAAAGAAGGCGCGGCCGAUCAUCCUUUCAUAAUGCGAAGGCUAUCUUAGGACGACUGACUGAUUGACUGACGGCGGUCACAGCUCUGUUCAGCCACAUUUACUCGACCCCAGCACGUCGGCCGGCAUCUUCGAGCGCAUACCGGCGACAGACCUUAUGCCUGUAAAGAGUGUCCUCUCAAGUUUGCUCGAAGCGAUCUCUUAUCCCGUCAUGUCAACAAGGCUCAUCGCUCGCCUGAUGCUGGCCCGGUCGACAAAAAGCCUGCAAAGAAGGGAAGACGCAAGUCGGUACCUGCAUCUGCGCACUCCAGUCUAGAUCGAGAUAAGAUCAUUGCAGAGCAGCAGCAACAGCAGCAGCAGCAAGAUUAUCAGCGUCAGCGGGCCUUGCAGCAACAGCAGCAAGCGCAUGCGCAACAGCAACAGCAAGCUGCUCGUGAACGAUCACGAAGCGAGAGCCACGUCAUCCAACAACCCCAGCUUCAAGCCCAACGCAUGUACCCGCAUCACCCCCUCCUCGCUGUCCAUCCCGUGCCUCCCGCUCAACCUGGUGGACCGCAAGAGUCGUGGAACACCAACCCGAGCGGGUCCGUGGGUACGUUCGGGAUGAUGACCAUGUCGCCUCAACCCACAUACGGCCCGAGCGUGGGCAGACCGAUGCCUGUCAACCCGCCGGUGCAUAGUGCCACAUAUCCUCUCCAGCCAGCUUUCGACCCGCCCUUCACUGCGCAGCCGCUCAAAAUGUCAGGUCCUAUGGAUCAGCAGAUCCCUUCCCAAAGCAUGUACGAGUGGGAUACGAAGAAGAGGGCAUGUGAUCAGUGCAAUCACUCGAAAGUGCGAUGCGACUUUGCCGACCCAUGCCUCCGAUGCAAGCAACGCAACCUGACUUGCUCGUACCGCAAGCCCCAACGACCUUCCUCAUACAUGGGUCCGCCCUUGCCUCCUGCGCAAGUGGCGCCGUUCCCCAGCAGCAGCCCGUCAAACAUGUCCAUCUCCAGCAGUACUCAGCCGUCUCCGCAGUUUACGCAAAUGCAGAUGCCUAGUAUCGCCCCGACAGAGCCGGUCGCCUAUCGCAAACCGUCAGUGUCGUCUUUACCCCCCAAUUUGGGGAAUGUACCGAAUCCGAACCCGUCACCUGUCAUGUCGCAUGGCCCUGCACACGGUAUCGGCGGCUGGGACUCUUUCCCGCAAACGACAGUGGGGGGUACGUGGCCUCCGAAUAUGGGAGGGCAACAGUCUCUGUCGUACGCGGACAACACUGCUCCUGGGAGUAUUACGGGCCAGGCAUACAAAACCUCUCCCAACUCGCUCGACGUACCUCUUCCUGCUCCGGCGUCUCCUAUACCUCCCAACGCAAACGCGAGCGGCAAGAUCUCACCGGGUCGUAUGGGAUUGUUGCAAACGCCGUCGUUGGUGAGCAAUGCGGGUAGCCCUUCCGAGAUGGAUGAACCCGCCGAAAGACGGGGGAGCCAUAACUCUGCAAUUAGUGCGACGUCUACUUUCGCUCCUGCGCCGUUCUGGACAAAGGGUAAAGGCUCAGAGGGUACACUCGGUUUCCAGCCGAAUAUACCCGACAUUCACACUCAUCAAGACAUCUCUCCGUCGCAUUCGCAAUCCCAGCUGCCGUUCCUCGCAGGUUCGGGCCCGCAGCUGAACGACCCCCAGGGGCAGCAGCAAUGGCAUCUGCGAAACAGCUUCUCCGGCGGGAGCGACGAUACGAGCUCCAUCUUGUCUUCUUCAGUCACGUCGAGCUCCAUGUUUGACCCCAACUCCUCUGUAUCUGGUGCGAGUGCCGGGCAUCAACCGGGCCACGCCAGGAGGAGGUCGAGCCAGACUGCCUGGGCGCACGCUUUGGAGCAGAUGACGCUUGGGGAGUCGCAAAAGCAGGCUCUCGCCGCGAGGAUGCGCGAAGGCAGCGAGUCAGCCGUUUCGGCCCAUUCGGACCUGUCGCCUGAAGGCGGUAGACAACCUCUUCAGCCCCAGCCGGAGGGACAGCAAAUUAUGCCGACAUUGUCAGAUGUAAAGGAUUUGUGGAAAGUGUUCAUGUCGGAACCUAUGGACCUUACCGGGCUUGCGCCUGUGGCGGAGGGCGAUGGGUCUGGGAUGGACUUGGACCAUACACACGAGAUCACCCCGAGGCCAGGGCUGGGCAAGAGGACGCUGUCAAAGUCCAACUCGAUGCCAGACUUGCAGUCGCCCAUGAUCAACGGCCCCAACUUCUUCUCCACCUUCUUGAACGGCAUGACGCCGAAAGCGAGUGAAGCGCAUGCGUCGCAAUCUUACAUUGGGGUACACGUGCCUUCGGAGCAAGGGCACGGACAGGGCCAGCAAGAAGGGGGUGGGAGUAUCCCGGAUAUUGGGAGUUGGAAAGAUCAGAUCCAGCAGAGGCAGUCGUCCUUCUCGCUCGGUGCGCCUGGCAAGAGCAAGUCGAAGGGCAGCCAGAGCGCGUUGCCUCUCGAUGCCGCUGUGCCACUGCCGAGCCGACCGUUGCCGAGCGUCGUACAGCGUACAGCACUCGACCAGACGCUCGCGCCAGAGAGGAUACCCAGCUUUGGCCUCACACCGGGUCUGGAAAUGUCUACCAACCCUCACCUCGCAUCCAAACUCUCGCAAUCUACCACUCCAGCUCUUGCAGGCGCCGCUGGACUGACAUCGGCCGAAGCGCGGGGGGGGAACAAGCGCAUGGCGAGUUUAUCAUUGGUGAAUGAUCAUGGCAAGCGUGCGAGUUUCUCGGUGUGGGGAGAAGAGGAGCCGGUAGGGAGGGAUGAGGAUGUGCAGGAUCCGGCGACUGAGGAGCCCUUAUAUGCGGGCGCGAGGGAGAAAGGGCCGUUGUCGGGGCAGCAGCAGGGUUUGGUGCAAGGUUGGGCGGCUGCUUAGUCUCAAGAGGAUGGUUUUGUUGUAAGCAAGCUGGUGUUGAUAUUAUCUGAAGAAACCUGAGUCGUUGAGUGAUACCCAUGGCUUUCUACAUAGAGUCUCCCCUUCUCCCGUUUCUCUUAUCAUUGCGUACCUCACAACUGUAUCAAUAGUCUCUAGUCAUAUUUAUCAAAAAACCAACACUGUAGCGUAGAAGUAAAGAAUGGAUCGUGAUUCGAAACCUGCUCAGCAUAAUGUUUGUGUCCGUAUCUAUAUAAAG